AUGGCUAGCAAAAGCAAUAGCGAAUAUGAUGACUGGUACCCGGAACUAGGCCAGAUUUUCAGCGAUUGUGCUAUUCAAAAUGACCCCAGCUCGCCAACUGUCGAAGCCUCGAAUCCUCAAAGGAACGAUUUGCCGUCUGGUUCAGUCUUGGACGACGACGAAGCCUAUCUAAAAUCGAGCAUAUACUUGCUUACAGAAUUUACUGUCGAUCAAUUGGCUGAUAAAAAUACUAAAGUACGCAAUAGAUUGCUACAGAAAAUGCCAAAGGCUGAAAGAAAGAGCGCUAAAAUGCUAAUUAGCAAAAUGCGGAGAAAGAAGAAGAGCCGUUCUUACUCAAGAAACCGAAGACGUCGGUCAUCUCAUGAAAGAACAAAUCUUCAAGACACUGUCAAAAGAUAUGAACAACUCAUAGAAAAUAUCAAUCAUACCGUGUUGAAUUAUAAUUGCGAAUCAUCGCUUCGCAUGGUGCUUGAUAUGAUUGCGAAUCAUCGUUAUGAUUUUUGGAGUAGCUUUAAUUAG